UGAAUUCAUAUAAAAAUAUGUUCGUCGACAUAUCUUAUCAUGAAAGGACAGACAGAAUAAUUAUGUAUUCAGUUCAGGAAAAAUGUCACAACGGUGUCUACAAAUUCUUGGUCUCUGUUUUGCAGUUACUGUUGCAUGGUGUUGUCCGUACGGCUGGAUUAAACAUGGCUCUGCUUGUUAUCAUUUGGGACCAGAAGAAGAGUCCUGGUUCGAUGGAAUGAAAAUGUGUCAAAUACAUGGCUCCGUUUUAGCAUCUGUGGAAAGUCAGGAGGAACAUAACUAUAUAGUUAGCCUUAUGCAAAAUACACACAAAAGUAUUGUAUGGAUUGGCGGAAGUGAUUGGAAUGUUGAGGGAUCUUUUUUAUGGGAACCGUACGGCGACCAAAUUACGUACACAAAUUUCUCUCCAGGAGAACCCAACGACCUCAAUAACUCCGAGGACUGCCUGCUGAUUGAUGGCUCCUCACUCAAAAAUAACACGUAUACUUGGAACGAUAGGAACUGUCGCGACUCGCAUUUUUAUGUUUGCAAGCAAAUGGAUGAUAUUAUUGGUAAUCUCAUUGGUUGAGAGAAAAACAAAGAUAUUCUUGGCAUUAAAAUGUUUCGGUUUAUCUUUGAGAUCAUAACAGUACUGUAUUAAAAUCACUAAACAUUUAGAA